GGAAUUCUUGAUAUGUUUGUAGUUUUGUUUUUUUUCACCCCCCUCCCCGUCUAUGUAGUGUAUAUUUUCCUGAUCGUUAGACAACAGUUUGAUAGGUUUUUUUAAAUAUUUCGUUUAUUUAAAUUAUGGCCCUUUAAGAAGAAUAAAGAAAAAAGGAAAGUAAACAUCAGUAACGAGACUUAACGAAAGUAAACAUCAGAUUCUGCAUGAACAAAGGAAACCACUGUGAAACUUCUUCAUGGCUCAUCAUUGGUAAAAUUCAAGGGCAUUUAUCAGAUUAAAAAUGGAUGCUUUGGAUAGUCGGGAAUCUUCUUUUAAAGAACUGCCUACCAGAGAAUUAAAACUAAAAAGACAUAAAGUUCGUAGAGAUUCUCCAACUAUUCCUCCUGUUCGACUGAGACUGAAAAGCAACAAUUCUCCUCUGAAUUGUGAUGCAGAUGCAGAAAAAUGUUUCUCUGACCGAUCAGUGUCUUCCUCACCUGAUAGCGUCAAUCAAGAAUUUUCUCCUGUUUUUAUGCCUGCUUCAUAUAAAAUUUCAUCUCAUAUAAACUCUUUACCUUCUUCACCUCUUACAAAUGAGUCAUCAAAUAAUGAACCAUAUGAAGCCUUUCAUUUUGCUCCUCCCAGUUGCAUUGAACAGGAAGAUAAUGAUCAGCCACUAGAUAUGAGUAGAAAACGUCCUCUACAAAUGGCAUCAUCAGAAUCUCAAAAUACUCAGCAGCAGCAAUUAAGACCAUCUGUGAUAACAUGUGCAUCAGCUUUGUUGCGAACUCAGUGUAAUCUUUCAGACUUAGCUCAUCAGAUGUGUACAGCUAAUGUGAGUGACAAUAAUAGUGAUGAUGCACCUGAUAAUGAAUGUAUGAAUCAUCAGAACAACAGUGUGGAAAAUGAAGAAGUGAAAGAUGUUAGGCCAGGCCAUCGACGUGAGAUUGUGUCUGGCUCUUGUGAUCCUGUUAUUGAUGAACACUUUCGACGUUCAUUGGGUAAAGAUUAUCAGCAUAUUUUCUCAAAGUCUACCAGUAACAGUGUGUCAAUCACAGUGGAUGACCAUUUUGCAAAAGCAUUGGGGGAAACUUGGCACCAGAUACAACAGUCGAAAGGAGUUGUAGAUCCAGUAACUUCUACACAUUCUCCAAAUCCGUUACAAGCUCAAUCGCCGCCUCAGUUUCUUCAUCAGCCGGCAGAAAUACUAUCAUAAUAUUUUGAAAGCAAAGUAUUAUGACAAUUCGAAAUAUUUGUUAUAUACUAUCCUAGUUGAAGCCUUUUGUGAUUAUUUGAUGUAAAAUGUGUUCUAAACAGUCUUGGUCAUGGGAAAGAUUAUCUUGUUUUUUAAAUUCCUGGGUAGUUUUUAUUUACUUUUAGCUCUAGAUGUAAUGGUUUCAUUAUUCAUAAUAUUUAUAAUGCAUAUUAAAUGAACAUGAUGUAUGCUUUGUGUGUCAUAGGUGGUUUUUUAAAAUUUUCUCUUUAUUCUGUGAAUAUCUAUGGAAAAAUAUAUAUUGCAUUUGUAAAGGAAAGGUUAUGAAGCAGGUAUGAUAAUCUGCUUCAAUCUCACAAUCCCAUUAGAAGUCUUUCAUUGGAAUGCAUUCCUGUAUAAGUAUCUGGAUUCUCUCUGUCACUUUAAAUGUUCAAGAGCACCGUGUAAACUGUAGAUAAAGUUUUCUUUGAUUGUUUCAUUGAAAGCACUUUCAAAUGUUUGAAAAAAUUUAUGCCGUUUUCAUGAAUAUCUAUUUAAUAUAUAAUCCUUAUUUUUAAUUAAUACUUUUUUGCUGUCGACCCGAACUAGAAUAUUUUUUUUUAAAUGCAAAUAGAAAGCACCUUAAUAUCUGUGUGGAAACUCUUUCAUGUACUUAUUAUUCUUUUGAAAUUAAAAAUGAUAAAUAUGUAGACAAAUAUUUUUAUAUAUAACUGUUGGUGCAAAUCUUGUCCAUACGAAGUUUCCUAGUUUUCCUCCUUCCCCAUUGAAUUUGUUGAUUGAAAGUAUUUUUGAACUCUGCAGUGAGAAGAUAUGUUAAUGCAUGAAAUUGAUUUGAAGGUAACUUAAAAUUGCUGCACCAGUUUUAAAAUGCUAGUAUAUUUUACUUUUUAUUACUGGUUAAAGUAAAAUGACGUUUGGCACAUUCAUUGUGAAAUGAAAAAGUGGAAAAAGUUUUGAAAGACAUUGAAAUAACUUUUUCUUUAAAUUUAUUUUGAAUAUUCUUAAUAAUGAAAUAUUUCUCUUUGAGAGUUACAAAAUCAGAUUUUUCUAAAAUCCAUCAUUAUUAUUUAGAUAAUAAUGUAGUUUCAUAGAUUAUAUCUGGAGGUAGGAAGAAUUAAAAACAUUUAACCGUUUGAAAUUCUUUAUAAAAUCUUUUUUAUUAAGAAAUGAAAAGUAAAACAUCAUAAAGUUAGUAUUAUUAAUUGAAUUUCAUUAAUUACUGAAAGUAUUAUUUUAAACUGAGGAGUAAUUUUCUGCCACUAAGUAAUUCUUAAAGAAUGUACCAUAAAAAUGUGCAAAUUUAUAUUUAUUUUUGGGUAAUGAAAAUUAGGUAUGCAUGUCUUCUCUUGCAAGAUUUAACUUUUUUAUUUUUCAUUUAUCUUUGAAACUGAUCUCUUAAAUUUAACAUAGAUACUUAUAGCAGGACAAAAUACUCAAAUUAACUGUUCAGGCAUGCAGUCAAUGAAAUGAAUGUUGUAAAUAUCUUCUCUCUUUAGAACUUAUGUAGUCACUGUGUUUAUAUACUUGCAGAAGUUGCUUUUAUACACUUAACCCGCUAGCACUCGCACCCAUUUUCGAACACGAGAACUCGCUCCGGGUAUCUCAUACCCUAAUUCAUUUCUGCUAUUUAUAUAUUAAUUAAUACUGUUUAUAAGCAAACCUUAGGUAGUUAAAUAUUACAAAACAAUGCAUUUAAGAAUUUAAUAAUAAUUACUUAUAUGUUUAGAGACAAUUUUUACAAAUUACAUACUGAUGCUCUACACAGAGACUCCUUUCACAUUUUUGGCACAUAAACCUUGAUUUUCUGUCUUUAUUACAUGGACAAAAUGCACAUCGUUUAUAGUUUCCUUUGAGCUUUUUUGCAGGCGGUUCACUAUUAGUAAAUCCCAAUUCCUUAGAAAUGCUUGGAUUUGUUAUUAUUCCUUGAGGCUUACGGUUUCUGUGUUGUUCUGAAAGAGCGAGUCCCAGUGUUUUCAGAAGCGACAUUUCUUGAAUAAGGUGUAUUACCUGGAAACUUGCUAAUUAUAUUCCUUGAAGGCUUCCUAACAUUUUGCCGAUAUUUUGUCUUUUCCCAUUUUGUUACUUUAUCUUUGCCUAUAUAACAAUCUGUUGUUGACAGUGAACAUUCAUCUUCUAUUUCUGUCUCAAUUUCAGUGGAAGAAUCGUGAUCGCUGCAGUAUUUUUCAUCCUCAGAGGCAACACUAUCGUCAGAUAACGGUUCAUCGUCACUAGAAAGUUUCUAUAAGAUGUCGUAACUAUUCACUUUCUUCCUCGUAAUUCAUAUAGCGCGUCAUACUGCACUAAACUAAGAGACAGAAAUGGAAACGUUUGACGAACACGAGGACUCGCAUGGGUAUGACAUGCCCCCAACCCCUCUUUCUCAAAAUCUAUUUUUAGAACAUAACUGGUUUUUCUCCUAAUGAAAGAAUGUGGCCUUGGAUGCAGCUACAUGAAAUUCUGGCCUAAUCCGAAAAACAGGAAGUAACAAAAACGCUGAAUGAAAAUGGAUCGGGCAUGUCAUACCCGGUGCGAGUGCUCGCGGGUUAAUUAUAUGUUCAUUUGAAAAGCAUUUGGCUACCUAAAAAAUAAAUAACCGAUUUUUCUCUCAUGUUUUUGAAAAAAUAUUACAUGUAUGUCAAAUGUACCGAAAUUUAAAAUUACUUGUGAUUCAUUAUGUUAAAGAACAAAUAUAUAUCUGCCUUUAAAGUAUUAUUUAUGAUGCUCUGCUAAAAUUUCAGACUUUGUAUAUAAAGUUUCAGUAUUUAGAAUAGGAUUUGUAUAAGAUCAGAUGUCUACAGUGUAACAUAUAAUGGCCGAUCUUUUUGAUGUUAUACCUUGCAAUUUAAACCAUGAAAGAGUUUAUAAACUUUUCAUGAGCUCAAAUAUAUGUAUAUACAGUUAAAUGAAUUAUACAACUUAACUUUUUGUUAAUUUCUUCUGAUUUGACUUGUGAUUUGAUAAUUUAUUUCAUUCCAAAUUUGGGCAAUUGGGAAUGCUUAUUGCACCAAAUUCUUUUAAAGUAUAGAACUGUGAUAGAAUUUUAAAAUGUUCUGGAAUUAAAAAGGAAUGUUACUCCUUCUUUAAGAUGUUUUAUUUGUCAAUCUUUGCUGGGCAUAAGAAGAAAUAUGAGGCUUCCCUGAAGGAUAACUUGCUAGUUAAUUUUUGUCUCACCUGUGACAACAUAUAAUUGGAUGUGUUAUUUAAAAUUGUUAUGAAAAAAAUUGAAUUGGCACAAUAUUUUUAAGAAAUUAAUAUUUUUAAAAGUAUUUUAUAGUAAAUAUACUCAAAACACUGGUGUGUUGUAUAUUUUACCUAAACAAAUAAAAUGAAAGUACUUCAUUUGAUAGUAACUACUUUCAGCACAAAAAAAGAAAUCAAAAUUGCACAAAUGUCAAUUUGAAGAUUUCUGCUACAUAGAAAGUCGAAUUUAAAAUUAUUUCGAGAAAUGUAAUAAAAUUUGAUAUAUCAGUUUCAUUUUAUGUGUGUAUAUAUAUACCGGUCUUUUGUUUUACCUUGAAUAAAUAUUUGUGAAUUAUUUAUAUUAAAAUGUUUUUAUUAAAAUAUUUAUUAGAAGUUUAAAAUCCAGUUUUUCUGGUGUGUGUUAAUAGCUUUAGUUAUUUGGUUCAAAGGCUGUUUAUCUCUAAUUUCUAAUUAGAAGUAGUUGAAUUUAUAUGAUAUACAAGUUUCAAUGUAUAAAAUUUUAUAAAAACCUAAUUUUGUUGUCUUAUUUGUUAUACUUGCUGCUCUUUUGUGUAGGGUGGGCAAUAUGUUUCUUUGUUUUAUUUUAAAAUUCCAGAGAAGCAAGGUAGAGCAUGGAAACUGAAUUCAUCAAUAUGGGCUUUUGAUGCAGCUUAUAUGGAUAAAAUUUAUAACUUGUUUUCUAUACUCUUCUAUGGAACUUUUUAAAAAGCAAAGAAAUUGAUUCUAUCAAUUAUUUAUAUUUUAUUAUCAUUAGUAUGAUUUACUUUUUUGUAAUCAUGUAUAAAAGAAUGUAAAUUUUUUUAAUUACUUAUUACAAAACAUGUUAUAUUGAAAAAGCAAGUGCUUUUUUAAUUACUUAUGGUUGAUUUGGAACUGUAAUUAUCGUUCUAGAAGCAAAAUAAGAUCUUUUGUUUACUUAUUAUAUAAUCUAAAUUUUUCUAAAUGGUGGAAGUAUGUUUUAAGGUAUCUUUUUCAGAGGAAUUCACUAAUUAUUUUAAGUUUUCUAUCCUUUCCAGCUUUAAAUAAAAGCAACAAUGCAUGACAAAAGUUACUCCAAUGAUUCCAAACGUUAUCAUAAACCCGAAAACGUUAAGAAAUUUCUUAAUAAACUAUUAGUGUUAUUUUGUAGGUCAACCUGAUCUGGAAUUGAUUUUAAAAAGUAAAAUCUUAAUGUAGUUAUUUGAUGAAAUUAGUUUUUAAGUCAUAAAUUUCGUAUUUUUUAAUGGGAUAAUGUUUAUAGGUUGGCAUACUAUUUGUAAAUUGUGAUAUGCAUGCUUAACAUAUGUGAUGGAAAGAGAUUAUUCAAAUCGCUAUACCGAGCUGAUCGAUGACUCUAGGUCUACGGAAUUUGUCGUGUAGUUAAGCCUUGUAUAAUAAGCGCACACUAAGAAAGGCUUUUGAAAAUUUUUAACUAGGAUUAUAAUUAAAAAAAAAAUCCAUUUUAAAGCUUUUUUUAAAUAAUUUCUGUACAAAAACCAUGUUUUCCACCAGUUUGAAGUUAAAAGAAUUUAUAAAUGAGCUUUUCAGCGAUAUUUUAUUUAAAGAUAAUAAAUUUUAUUAAUUUAGUUCCUGAAUCUAUACUCAUUCAUAUUGUGACUAAUUUAUUUAAAAAAAUUAAUAAAUGAGCUUUUUAUCUAUUUUUAAUUAAAGGUAAUAUCAAUAAAUUUUACAAAUUUAGUUCCUAGAUCAAUACUCAUUCACACUGUGGUAAAUUAAAUAUUUUUUUUUAUACUCAUCUUUGUUCCUAUAUAAUUAAGAAUAUGUAAAAAUAUUGUAAGCAAGACUAAAAUAUUAUUAUGUUAUGCUAUUUUGAAUUAGAAGUUCAAAUGCUCUUGAAAUUUUUUAUAACUACAUGCAUUUAGUAUUUAACUAACAUGCAUUUAGUAUUAACUUGGUCAUCGUUUUGAAAAAUUUUAAAUUACUGUAAAAUGUGUGUACUUUUAUAGUACCUAAGAUUUUUAAUCAAAUACAAAGAAUAGGCUAUAAAUUGAUACUUACGUGACUGUUUUAUUUAUUACAUUUAAUAAGUAUAACCUUUGAGAAUUCAAAGUAUGUGCGAGCUUUUUAUUUCUAUAAAAAAAGGGAGCUACUACACAAAGUGCCUUAAGCCAUUGCACAUUGUUAGUAGAUUUCGUGAGUUAAUUGCGUUUUUUAAAUGUCUUACUGUUUAUCGAAAGUGUUAAAUCCUUUGAUGUGUAGAUAGCAUAAAUCUGUGUGCAAUUGAAGUUUUUUGGACUGUCACAAACCAUUUGUAAAUAUUUAAUUUCACUUAAAAUUUUCGUAGUGUCUUAUUUAAUCAGUUAUGAAUAAAAUUAAAACAAUUUCUUUAAUUAAUCGAUUUUAUUGUAUUUCAAAAUGUUUAAAAGCUUCAAAGUUUUUACUUUUUUUUUGUUUGUUUGUUUUGCUGUGAAAAGCUAUUUGCUUUUUAGAUUUGCUUUUUUUUUUUUGUAUACAUUGUUAAAAAUGAUUGUUCUGUUUCUUAAUCUUUGUAUAUUUCCAUUUUUAUUCACCUUCUAUCAUAUAUUACAUGUCAUAUUAAAUUUUAUAUAUUUAAACUUUCAUAUAUUGUUUUUGAAGAUAAAACUGUAAUUCUGUGAAUGUAAGCCGUACUUUUAAUGUAAAUUAUUUAAAUCUCUACAUGUCUUGCUAAUUGAAGUUUUUUCUUAAUGAAAGGCUUUAAAAAAUUCUGAUUUGUGAACUAAAUUUAAAGCCUGUUUAAUAUAUAAAAAUAAAUGGUCUUAUUAUGUUGUACGAAUUGAAAAAUUCAACGCAUAUUUUUUUAGUAUCUUAUUCCAAUUAAUUCGUAUGUACAAACAUCUUUGUAGUUAGGUUUUGAUCCCUAUUCAAUAAAAUUAGAUUUUGUUUGUCUUUA